AUGACACAAAGCAGUAAGCUUCGGCGAAAGACGAAGAUUGGCUUGAUACCAACGCGUGGGGCGCGGCUGAAGUGCGAACUAUUUGUACUGACUCCAUAUAGUUAAGUGCUACAGCCAGCGGCAGAGGUUUUGAGAUCCCAAACUCAGAUCCUCAUUCAAACCAUUUGUUUUUGCAGUUUUCACCAAGAUGUUCAAAAAGUUUUCAUCUGAAGAUGUUUCUUCACAAAACCAAGUCAAAGCAUCUGUGCAACGAAAAAUUCGUCAAAGCAUUGCAGAGGAGUACCCAGGACUUGAGCCAGUUUUGGAUGAUUUGUUGCCAAAGAAGGCCCCGUUAAUUGUUGCAAAAUGUCAAAACCAUUUAAAUCUGGUUUUGGUGAAUAGUGUUCCACUAUUCUUCAAUAUUCGUGAUGGACCGUACAUGCCUACCCUCCGACUCCUUCACCAAUAUCCAAACAUAAUGAAAAAGUUGCAAGUGGAUCGCGGUGCGAUAAGAUUUGUCCUUGCUGGUGCUAACAUAAUGUGUCCUGGUCUUACAUCCCCUGGUGGUGCUUUGGAUGAUGAAGUGGAUGCAGAAACUCCUGUGGCGAUAAUGGCAGAGGGAAAACAACAUGCUCUUGCUAUUGGCUUUACCAAAAUGUCAGCUAAAGACAUAAGGGCAAUCAACAAGGGAAUUGGGGUAGACAACAUGCAUUAUCUUAAUGAUGGUCUAUGGAAGAUGGAGCGGCUAGAAUGAGCAUCUUCCAGGAACAACUGCUGUGCCAGCUAUGAACAAGUUAGAGAGAGUUGAAGAAAGAAGUUACAUAAUCGUGGUUCGGCCCUGCACUGCAGUUUUGCUCUCUUUUUGGCUGUUUAUAUCCAGCUGAAGGAAUUACUUUAAUCCAUGACUCUUUUCCCUUAUGUUAAUGUAUGCUGUAGAGAAAUCUUGUUUUCAAUAUAAAUCAGUGCUUUGAUCAGGUUAUUAUUGCAUAUUUCGUGUAAUUUGGCAAAUAUUGGAACAGGGUUUUGCAAUGAAUGCCAAUUAAACCAUAAGACUUUUUUGCA